AUGGUAAAUCAGCGAAGGCAGAGAAGCAUGGAGAGCAAACUUUGGGGGAUAUGUGAAGCAAGCUUCUUUAGCAAUGGUUCUGAAAAGAAACAGGCUUCACAUUCAGAUUUGAACAGGAGAACCAAGCUUCACAGAUCACAGCAGGUGAGGUAUGCUCACCUUUACCUGUCAGAAUUGCAGCAAGAAUUUACAGUGGAGUUCUUAUGCAAAGUCAGCCAGUCAUCUGCAGCAUCCUUACGCUCCUCUAAAAGGUACAGUGACUAUCAAAAUGGAAAACCAAGUAGUAACUCUGUUACAGAAAUGGCGUUGAAACAAACAAGAAUAGUGAAUAAGAAAAAUGAACAUGGUUGUGCUGAAGGUAAAUAGAGAGAACCAACCAAACCGAAGGACCAAGGAGACAGAGAUGGAGACCCAUUGUUCUACAUCAGUUGUUCUUCUGAAUACACAUGGGUUACACAGUGUUGGUCUGUUUCCUCCUGUCCCGAAGAAUGGAAAUAUCCUUUGUCUUUGGCACUGAUGUGCUGUAACUUACAUACUGUUAAAAAUGUAAUGAAGCCAUGUGGGAAAAAUAACCAUGCACCUAUCAAGGCUGACGUUGUAACAAACCCUGAAAGACAUGAAAUAGUUUCUUGUUUACCUACAGCUUUGCCCCUCAGCUGCAGAGCCCCACAUUUACACAGGUGGACUUUCUGUGACUUCUUGCAGAAUGAAGACACUGAAUACUAUUCAUACCCUCAGCUAAUUCUUGUAUGGUGCCAGGGUGUUUUUUAUAGAUUUAUCCAUGCUAGGACAAACAUCACAGAAAUUUAUCCUGGUGAUGACUCAUUUUUCAAGUCAGAGGGAGCAUUUUUUGGAAAAUAUUUCAUACAUUAUGCAGUCCAAAAAGGAACGAAAAAGAUGGAAGAAAAAAUGUAUUCAGUGAACAGUCUUCCUCCUGAUGUACCAGGAAAUCCAUACUCUAUAUCCUCCAUUAUUACUCAGGCAACCAAAAUACUUCAUUAUUGCUGCAAGACAAAACUGUUAUUAAGUCAUAACUAUCAUCUCUGGUGCUGGAAAGUGGUACCUGAGACAGAUGGAUGAGAAAUGUUGCUAGUUUUGCUGUAUGAAAAGAUUAUUCCCAACAUGGGAAGACUCGUUGUGUACUUGGAUCAUAAAGUCCAUGCUGCUUUUUGGGAUGGGUUGACCCUGAUUGUGGUUUGGGAUUUCAGCUCCUCCUCUAGUGAGAUCCAGGUAAAUGAAGAUAUAGGCUGGUGUAAGUUAACUACUCCUGAUGGGGUACAGCAGUUAAUACAAAUAAGUCAUCCUGGAGUCUAUAAAAGGUACAUCAGAACAGCAAUAGAAUGGUGCAGAAGUUUGAGCGAAAGGAAAGAGAUUGCUGAAUAUACUGCGCACUCUGUAACUGAAGAAAACUGGUCUGCUGAUGCUGAGCUAAAAAAAAUACAGAGAUUUAAUUUAACACUGGUUUUAUUAGACAGUAGCAAUGUUCCAGAAAGGAAGAAUGCUGCAAAAUCCAAUCCAUCUGGUAUCGCUGUCAGAAAAAAUGAAAGCGGGAGUGAAUCGAAAGAACUCAGUGUCGGGUGUGUCUUGAAAGCUUUGGAGAAAACUUCUAAAGUCAUUCAGGAUAUUGAACCUCUGCUUGCAGCUUCUGGGAAGUGAAGCUUUGUAGCAGAUGAAGACCUGUGUUCCGUGUCCUCCUAGGAGCUGUCCCAGCUGUGUCUGAGGGAGCUCUGAGGGGCGACAGGAGGGCUGAAGUUGCCAUUGUAACACCCGUGAAGUCUGUGAGCUGCCACUGUAAUGUCAGUAACAGUGCCAGUGGUAUAUUUGGUAUAGACAAAGAGAACAGGUGAAAUAGUAGAGCACAGCCGCAUAAAUACAUCAUGGCUGACCUGACCUCGCUGCUUUUAAAUGUAUGAAGUUGUGUUUGAAUCAACUGAUUUUACAGAACAACUCAGUGAACUGCUGAACUGACUAGAGUAGGGAUAGGCAGUUUUAAUUGUAAAAACGUGCUUUUAUUCAGAAGCUCACCCAGUCCAAUAAAAUGCUUCCCAAAUGCUCUAUAUUCUUUUUUUUUUU